GAGUGAGUGUUUAAGAGACCUUUGAAUUUUCACAUCUCCGGACGGAAAGGACAAAAUAAACCGCUGCUUUACAGUCUCAGAUCUGUGUAACUGGAAGAACAAAGAAGGGAGUUUUAUAGUUGACCUCAGUCAUGCAGAAGGCAGGGACGGCCCCGUCCUCCCGGGGUCCAAGUGCUCCUGGUUCCCCAGCCACCUCCAUUGUGGCACGAAUGGACAAUCAGGUCAUUGGAUAUAAAGACUUGGCCGCCAUUCCCAAAGACAAAGCCAUUCUCGAGGUGGAACGGCCAGAUCUGAUGGUGUACGAGCCGCAUUUCAAUAUCUCAGCGCUGGAUCGUAUAGGUCUCUCCAGAAGCAGAGAGAGAUCAAUGUCACCUCAUUCUAUCUCGCCUCCUCCUUCUCCUGAGAUAUUUGCCUCAAAAGAGUCAAAGGAGUGGUCAGAGCAGGGCUCUCCAGGCGGCUCCAACAUGGGCUCCACGGUGCAGCUCCGCAAAAUCAGCCCUGCCUCUAAAGGGCCCAUGCAGCACUUCCACAGGCCAGACAGUGGCACAAACAUCUAUAAGAAGCCGCCAAUUUACAAACACGAAAGACAGACGGGAACGUCUCAGAGUAAACAUGAUGUCAUCAUUGAGUCCUCCAAGUUCCCAGCAGCCCAACCGCCCGAUCCCAACCUGCCUUCAAAGAUAGAGACAGAGUACUGGCCCUGUCCACCCUCUCUAGCCACUAUGGAGAUCGAGUGGAGGAAGAAGGCAGCCGAGCAGGGCAAACCAAUCGAGGACGAUGAGUUUGAGGACCUGACAGAAGAUGCAAAGAGACUCCAAGAACAGGAGCUUCAGAAGAUACAGUCCAACUUGGGCAAACUGAUCCUAAAGGAAGAAAUUGAGAAAUCAGUGCUCAUCCGCAGAAAAACACGUUCCCUGCCGGACGGGACAAACAUACAUUUGGGAUCAACAGCCAGUGCUACUAAAUCCGCCUCUUUACCUCCCUGCAGUCGAACAGGCCUCACAAGGCUGCAGUCCGCAGACUUCACCUCUACAGACAAUGGAAAAGCAAAAACAGGUAUGGUCAGCAAUGGCGAUUCACAGAGUGGGAGAAUGGACAGAGGAAGCUCUCUUCCUAGUAUUCUGGAGCAGAAGAUAUAUCCAUAUGAAAUGCUGAUUGUGACCCACAGAGGGCGCAGUAAGCUUCCUCCAGGUGUUGACAGGACCAGAUUAGAGCGGCAUCUGUCUCCAGAGGAAUUCCAGAGCUUAUUCGGAAUGUCCAUCACAGAAUUCGAUCGUCUGUCACUAUGGAAACGGAACGACCUGAAGAAGAAAGUGUCCCUUUUCUAACAUUUGGACAAUUGGACUUGGACACUGAACCCAUCGCCCUCCAGAGACGCCAGUAAUAUCCACUCUAAUCUAAUACGGAUGCUAUGCAGACAUUUCAAGAUAAGCAAGGAAGACAACGCCACAUUACCAGAUGUUAUUUCACCCAGUCUCUGUACGUCUCUGGUGUACAUAAUAAAGACAGGACAAAGAUUCACACAUCCCUCCAGUCACUCCAUAUCAGAAAAAAAUCGGAUUAUAAGUAAUGGAAUAUCAAUUUCAUAAACCGCUUCUUUACGCCUUACAUCUAUUUCAAAGUUCUUAAAGUGCCCAGAGAUGUUUAUAAUAAUAGGCCUAUAUAUUUACACAAAGUUUUAAUCGUAAACCAUCACUUUUUUUAAUUGAGUUCCCUAAUAUUACACUAGAACUUAAUUUAUUGUAUCCCAACCAUGUAUGGCACUGUACAUACCUCAUGUUGUUUUGAUUUAUUCUUGGUGUUGAUAUGUAAAAGUUCAGCUUUAACGAUCACCAGAUGAACAUUUCUAACGUACACCAAAAUGAACAUCAAGCAAAUGUUCAUCAAAGAUCAUUUAAAAAAAAUGCAUGGACACUAAGUCUACAUAAUUUAUUCAGUUUUACAGAUAAAAGCACUGCGACGUAUGACUUCUAUUCGUGCUAAUAGCAACAGUGUUAUAUUGUGGACUAAUAUGAAAUAUCUAAGCUCAGACUUUGCUGGAAAGCUCUGGCUUUCGGUUCUCACACACUGGUGGUGCUUUAUACAGUAGAUUGUAAUUACUGAACAACACUAGAAGAUCUUUGUUCCACACAAAGCCACUCUUUUUCUUGGAUUUCGAAUGUCUGUUGUCGAUGCAUACAUGUGUUUUUACUGCCUUUAGUAGUUGGUCUCCAUUGCGGUGUCUUUUGAAACAGCAUAGGCGUUAUCGAAUCAUGCUUUGCACGCUUACAAUGGAGACUGUCCAACGAUUAUGUGUCUGUUCAUAGUUCUGUGUUUCAUCACCGUUUUUAUGUAACAUGGUGUAAUGUUCGAAAAAAAAAUAAAAGCUUCAUGUUAGAA